UUGCUGUUUUUGCCGCGUAUUAUUUCUUGAAGAUUCCACUUAUUAGUAUGACUACCACUGAGAAACGCCAAGUUUUGCCUACGAAUGUUAGGCCGACUCACUAUAACCUGACCUUGCUUCCAGACUUAAAAGAAUUUACGUUUAACGGGACAGAAGUCAUUAAUUUAAAUAUUAAUGAAAAUACUAAAGUUAUAAUACUUCAUGCUAAUGAUGUUAAAGUCAAGUCUGCAAAAAUAGUGAGCCUAAACUUAAAAACUAGUUACAGCCAUGAAGCUGUAGACAUCUCCCACGAUGAACAAAAACAAACCGCGACUUUGACGUUUCCUCAUGAUCUCCCGGCUGGAUCCACGGCUGCUCUACACUUAGUGUUUGCUGGUUACUUGAACGACAAAAUGGUUGGGUUUUACCGAAGCUCUUAUAAAGAUGAACUUAACCAAACAAAAUAUAUGGCAACAACCCAAUUUGAAGCUACAGAAGCUCGUCGCGCAUUCCCCUGUUGGGAUGAGCCAGCAAUCAAAGCUACGUUUGAUAUUACGUUAGUUGUACCAUCUGACUUGGUUGCAUUGAGCAAUAUGAAUGUAAUUUCCGAAAGACAACUACCGAAUGACAAAAAAGAAGUCAAGUUUGCAACAACUCCUAUAAUGAGUACUUAUUUGGUUGCAUUCAUUGUUGGAGAUUUAGCGUACGUUGAAAAAUCGACCACGGGGGCUCAAAAUGGAGGGAAGCCCGUACUAGUCAGAGUUUAUGCUACAAAGGGCCAAGAAAAUAAUGGUCUCUUUGCCUUAAAUGUUGCAGCAGAUGUUUUAGAAUACUUCGCUGGAGUCUUUGGGAUUCCUUAUCCAUUACCGAAGUGCGACAUGGUUGCUAUUCCCGAUUUUGAAGCCGGGGCUAUGGAAAACUGGGGCCUUAUAACUUAUCGCACUGCUGCAAUUCUGUUCAAUCCCAAGGACUCUGAUGCCAAAUUUAAACAACGUAUUGCGUAUACAGUGUCUCACGAACUGGCACAUCAGUGGUUCGGAAAUCUUGUGACUAUGGAUUGGUGGGAUCACUUAUGGCUUAAUGAAGGCUUUGCCACCUGGGUCGGAUAUCUUGCUGUCGUCAAGGUCUUUCCCGAAUGGGAUUAUUGGACUCAAUUUGUUACCGAUGGCCUCCAACGAGGACUUCAGCUUGAUGCAUUAAGGUCUUCUCAUCCUAUUGAAGUGCCUGUUAACGAUCCGAGCGAAAUUCAUCAGAUUUUUGAUGCCAUCAGUUAUUAUAAAGGUGCUUCUGUUAUUCGUAUGCUAAGUAAUUAUCUUGGUGAAGAUGUAUUCUUGGCAGGUGUGAGGCGUUAUCUUAAGCGUCACGAAUACGGUAACGCUAGUACAGGUGACCUAUGGAAGGCAUUGGCUGAAGAAAGUGGAAUAGAUGUUGAGGAGUUCAUGUCAGUUUGGACCAGAGUUGUCGGAUAUCCGGUAUUAAACGUUACAGAAUCGGAUCCUAACACUUUAUGUAUUAGUCAAUCUCGUUUUCUUUCGUCUGGAAUAGUUGGUUCGGAUGAGGACACUACGGUCUGGUGGGUUCCUCUUGGAAUAGACCUCGGAUCUAAUGUUCAAAGUGAUGUUAGAAACGCAGUUCUUUCAAAGAAAGAGGAAAUCUUAAAGCUGCCUCAUCGUGCAGACGAUUUUUAUCAAAUUAAUGCACGGAAAACUGGUGUUUUUAGGGUAAAUUACCCUCCUGAACGUCUAGCAAAAUUGGGUCAGGCAGUUAAAAAAAAUCUACUUGAAACCAGCGAUCGUGUUGGAUUAGUUGCUGAUGCUGGGGCAUUAGCCCUAAGCGGACAUGGAAAGACCAGUGGCAUGUUGAGUCUUAUAAAAGAAUUUGAAGACGAGGAAAAAUACAUUGUAUGGAUGGAGAUCAACUCCCGCAUGGCUGAUUUAUUAACUGCUUGGUUUGAACAACCGGAACAUGUGUAUCAAGGCCUUCAUGCAUUUAGACGUCAUCUGGUUUCUAAAUUAGUUCGUAAAUUAGGUUGGGAAUAUUCGGAUAGUGAUGACUUUUUGACAACAAUGCUGAGAACUUUGGUCAUUAGAACGGCUGGCAAAUCUGGAGACCCAGACGUCGUUAAUGAGGCGCUUCGUCGGUUUAAGCUCUUUACAUCAGGCGAUGAAUCUGCUUUUCAUCCAAACAUUCGCGGUGCGGUUUAUGAGAUAGUAUUAACCUAUGGUGGAGAAGAGGAGUUUGAUUUUAUUCUAGAUGCUUAUAAAAAUGCAAAGACAGCAGACCAAAAAAUUGUUACUCUAAAUGCACUGGGUUUAGUGCAGCAAGAAAAUCUAAUUCAAAAGUUCUUGCAUUUUGCAAUUUCUGAUGAGGUAAAAAACCAGGAUAUUAUUUACGCUUUUGCAGGGUUGCAAGCCAAUCGCAAAUCACGUAGACAGCUGUGGAAUUUUGUAAAGCAAAAUUGGGAAUUGAUUCACGAGCGUUAUUCCAGAUCUCUUGUUCUUUUUGGAAAUGUUAUCAAAUAUUCAAUUGAUUUGUUUGCAUCUGAAGAAGAUAUUCGAGACAUUGAAAAUUUCUUUAAGGACAAAGACACAAAGGAAUUUGCAAGACCUUUAAAACAAAGCUUAGAGAAUAUUCGCGUUAACGCUGCUUGGUUGUCGCGAGAUAAGGAAGAUGUGGAAAAUUGGUUAAAAAAUAAUGGAUAUUAA